AUGUCUGGAUUAAAUCCUUUCCGCCCUAAGAAGCCCGAGAAUACCUUCGCUGCUCCUGCUCCUGCGCCAGCGCCUCCUCUGCCUCCGUUCCAAUCUCAACCUCAGCCCUCCUUUACCUCGCAUCCCUCGAAGCCCGUUCCCUCCGUGACCUUCCCUUCCACCUCCUUCCGCUCAGUCCCUCGAACCCCUCCCGCAUCCUUGACCCCGGAUCCCGACGAUACGGCCUCCUCCGAUGACCAGUCUGCUUCGGAUCCCUUCCACCAGCACUCGUAUGCGACCGAUGACGAUGGAGAGGUGGAGGACCAAGAGGACAUUGAUGACUUAGACUUCAAACGCACCUACCAGGUCGCUCACCCACCUUCCCGGGACGAUGAUCGCUCCCAGCCAUCGAUCAGGACCGUU